AUGAAGUCCCUCUCGCCGGCCGCACCCAUUCUCCUGGCGCGGAUGAGCCCGCAGGUGCAACCCGAGAACAGCGGAGAGGAGCCGGAGUCCUCGCAACCCUUGCGGGGGUGCAAACCUGCUGAGCUGCUGGUGGUGAAGGAGCGCAACGGCGUCCAGUGCCUCCUGGCUUCCCAGGACGGGAACGCGCAGCCCCGGGAGACCUGGGGCAAGAAGAUCGACUUUCUGCUGUCUGUGGUCGGCUUCGCGGUGGACCUGGCCAACGUGUGGCGCUUCCCCUACCUCUGCUACAAGAACGGUGGCGGUGCCUUCCUGAUCCCAUAUACACUGUUUCUCAUCAUUGCUGGGAUGCCUCUGUUCUACAUGGAGCUGGCUCUGGGGCAGUACAACCGGGAGGGGGCAGCCACGGUGUGGAAGAUCUGCCCUUUCUUCAAAGGAGUUGGUUAUGCUGUGAUCCUCAUGGCCUUCUACGUUGGCUUCUACUACAAUGCCAUCAUUGCCUGGUCGUUGUACUACCUCUUUGCCUCUUUCACUUUGAACCUGCCAUGGACUGACUGUGGCCAUACCUGGAAUAGCCCCAACUGCACUGACCCCAAGCUCUUCAACAGCUCCGCCCUGGGCAACCACACCAAGUACUCCAAGUACAAGUUCACACCGGCAGCAGAGUUUUAUGAGCGUGGUGUCCUGCAUCUUCAUGAGAGCAGCGGGAUUCAUGACAUUGGCCUGCCCCAGUGGCAGCUCCUACUCUGUCUGAUGGUCAUCGUUAUCAUCCUGUAUUUCAGUCUCUGGAAAGGAGUGAAGACAUCAGGGAAGGUGGUGUGGAUCACUGCCACGCUGCCUUACUUCGUGCUGUUUGUGCUCCUGAUCCAUGGCAUCACGCUGCCCGGUGCCUCCGAUGGCAUCAGCGCCUACCUGCAUAUUGACUUCUACCGUCUGAAGGAAGCCACGGUGUGGAUUGAUGCUGCAACUCAGAUAUUUUUUUCCUUGGGGGCUGGAUUUGGAGUUUUGGUUGCAUUUGCCAGCUACAACAAAUUUGACAACAAUUGUUAUAGAGAUGCCUUGCUGACCAGCACCAUCAACUGUGUCACCAGCUUCAUCUCUGGGUUUGCCAUCUUCUCCAUCCUUGGUUACAUGGCUCAUGAACACAAGGUCAAUAUUGAGGAUGUUGCCACUGAAGGAGCUGGCCUCGUGUUCAUCCUGUAUCCAGAAGCCAUCUCUACCCUGUCAGGAUCUACAUUCUGGGCCAUCUUGUUUUUCAUCAUGCUCCUGACUCUGGGUCUUGACAGCUCAAUGGGAGGCAUGGAAGCGGUCAUCACAGGCCUGGCUGAUGACUUCCAAGUCCUGAAGCGUCACCGGAAACUCUUCACAUUGGGCGUCACACUUAGUACCUUUCUUAUGGCCCUCUUUUGCAUAACCAAGGGUGGAAUUUACGUCCUGACUCUACUGGACACCUUUGCAGCAGGCACCUCCAUCCUGUUUGCGGUGCUUAUGGAAGCCAUUGGAGUUUCCUGGUUUUAUGGUGUGGACAGGUUCAGCAACGACAUCCAGCAGAUGAUGGGGUUUAAGCCGGGACUGUACUGGAGACUGUGCUGGAAGUUCUUCAGCCCGGCCUUCCUCCUGUUCGUGGUGGUGGUCAGCAUCAUCAACUUCAAACCCCUCACCUAUGAUGACUACGUCUUCCCCGCCUGGGCCAACUGGAUCGGAUGGGCCAUUUCCCUCUCAUCCAUGGCCCUGGUCCCUGGCUACAUCAUCUACAAGUGCCUCAGCGCACCGGGCUCCCUUCGGGAGAGACUGGCUUAUGGCAUCACACCGGAGAAUGAGCACCACCUGGUGGCCCAGAGGGAAAUCAGGCAGUUCCAGCUGAUGCCAGAAAUACUUGGUAUUUGAAUGAAGAAGAUAACGCGAG